GGGAAUUGGUCGGCAGUCGGUCCAAGGCGUCCGUUUUCCUGAGUAUUGCCUUCCACCCUUGCCCUUUGCCCCUUCCUUCGUUCCUUCCCUUUCGCCUUCCCCUUCCCUUCUCCGUCAUUUGACGUGGAGCCAAGCGUCAGCGGAGAACCCUAGAAGAAGGUUCGCAGAAAGCACGAGGAAGAGCAAGAAUCAUCGUUUCAGAAUUCGAAUCCGAUUGCUGGGCAGAUUUGGAUAAAGGAAAGAAAGAGAGAGAGAGAGAGAAGAGAGGAGAUUUGAUGGCGAAUGCUGAAUGCCAUUUGAAUCUCAUCUGGAUCCACUUUGACUUCUUCUCAAUUCCCUUCAGGUCAGACAUCUCUGUCCCCGCGGCAAUCUUUUGUUUAUGCUUUUUGUCCCUCCCUCCAUUGAGGCGACGCAACAUUUCAGGGAGACCGAUGCUUGCUUGUUGUCCAAGUUGGAGAUUUGAUUCAAGAUUCUGGAGUCACUACUGAGAUGUUCAGUUGGAGGUAUAGGGUUUGCAAUAAUGCAUGCGAUUUAGUACCGAUUCAACAUUGUCAGCGAUGCCAUUAGUAUCACAUGAAGACAUUUCAGAAACUGAACCCAUCUUGCCCAAGUCUGAUAUUUCACCGCAGGUCGAUGGAUCAUCAUCUUCACGUGAGAUCACUCCAUUAGAACGAGACUGUGAUGUUAGUGGUGAUGAGUUACAAAGUGUGAUCAUAGAUGAAACUUGCCGUCUUGUCAACCCGGACCAGCCACAAUGCCGUAUAUGCCUUGAUUAUGAAGGUGACGACUUAAUAGCACCAUGUCAUUGCAAAGGCACUCAAAAAUAUGUUCAUAGAUCUUGUCUUGAUAACUGGAGGUCCACUAAGGAGGGCUUUGCUUUCGCACACUGUUCUGAGUGUCGGGCGUUAUUUGUAUUGCGUGCGAAUGUUCCUCCUGACCGCUGGUGGUUGAGAUUGAAAUUUCAGUUCCUUGUUGCUCGGGACCACGCGUUCAUUUUUAUUGUUGUUCAGCUGAUUGUUGCUUUUUUGGGGGUACUAGUGUACAAGUUUUAUGGGGAGGAACUCAGAGAAAUGUUUGGCUACGAAGAGCAUCCUUAUGGAUUUUAUACGAUGGCCGGUAUGUACCGUAAAGCAAUAUCUUUUGGCUAUUGUCCUGGUGGGCUUGCUCUAUGGUUUCUUCAUUGCCAUAAUAUGUGGUCAAAGGAUCAAUGAGCGCCAUUACCAUGUUCUUGCCAAACAGGAGCUGACAAAGGAGUAUGUGGUGGAAGACCGAGAGGCUAGUAAGAAUGUGCCUGAACUUGAUCCCAGCCACAUUACAGAACUAAGGAUGUUAGGCCUCUUCUAGUUCUAAUUUGGAGGCUCCUCUCCUCUAGGUUCCUCAUGAGGCUAGUGCAAAUCUGGUGAUAUAGCUUUCAAAGUCCACCAUCCUCCCUCCGAUGCCUUCCUCCUCGUCCUGCAUAUGGACAAUGCACAACAAACAGGAUCCAGGUCAGGUCCUGUUGUUGCCUACUGCAUAUGAAAUGAAACAAUACGAAACAUUCAUGUCGGCACACGCAUCUCAAUCAAAACCUGCAAAGUAUACAGCCGAGGCUAGUGGUUUUGUUUAUACGAACUCCACAUCCUUUGUUUUUGCGUCCGUGACUCGUUAAAUUCCAGCCAACAAUGGGAGAGAAGUACAGUAGAGCUGGAUGGAUAUGAUUUUUGUUUGCCGAAGAACCGAUGAGAGAUGGCAUAGUUGUGUUUGAUUGCAAGGAACUUACUCAUCCAUAAGAUAUAUGAUACGAUAGUUGUGAAAUUGAAGCUUUUUUUUGCUAUUAUAAUUUGGACAUCCUUUUCUUUUUUCAUUUUUUGUUGUACAUAAUUUUGCAAGCAGAAUUCAGGAUCAGGAGAUAGGCUGUUGAGCAUUUGUUUGUUUGUCAGAAACGGGUCAUGUGUCCAACCCAAAAGGGAAAGGGUUACAUGUUAAUUUUCUUAUCCUGUGAAUCGCCUUUAGAUUACGAUUACCCUGCUUAUUGCCCCUUUGAAAUUGCCAUAAUCUUGUAUCAGUUCAAUUGUAAUUAUAAUGUGAACGUUGAAUACCACUAAUAUGCUGCUCCAA